CAAUAACUGUCAUUGUAUUGAAUAUGUCGUGGUUAAUAUCUACUGUUAUUGUUCUAACACAACAUAUUUGCGAAUUCAUUCGAGUAACACUUGACACAGUACGAUUUCAGGAUAAAGAGCGGAUGAGGAAGUACAACCAGGAAACGUGAUAGGUAACAUUAAGGUAAAUGACAACGCUGGAUACACAAAUCCACAUCCAGAUAUUCACAUUUGCAGUCUCAAUCACUUCAUCAGGUAAGGAUUCAAGCGGUGUUUAAAAAAAGAGAGUCCGAAUUACUUUUUAAAAAGUCUCUGGAAUAAUUAUGAAGCUAGUAUUCGUCAUUUGUACAAUUAAAGAUGAUCGAAAGUAUCAAUAUCCAAACACAUUCGAAAUACUGGAAUGAAUUCAACAGCGGAAGAACAACAUUAACAUUAUAUAAUAGGAAUAACCCUAAGGUAUUUAAGAAAACAGAGAAUACUAUUCAUAAGAAUCACAAACCGGUAGACGAUUGUGCAGCUUCCGAAUUAAUAAGCUUCAUUAGAUUAGUAGUGUGGUCAAACUGUGGGGCGAUCAAUACAUGUGUGAUUAGCAUUUAUUGUGCUUGGGUACUUGUAUCUGUACAGAUCGAUAUAGUUUACGAACAUAGAAAUGACUGGUCAAUAAAUUCUGUGAUAUUUUCUGAAGGAAGGCUUCCGUUUGACCAGCGCAGCGGCGUAGUCGUGGUUCAGUGUAUCCAAGAUUACAACAACCCUUCCAUCUGAAUAGGUAAGACUAUAAAACUUUAAUGGAUAUCCCACAUUGUCCAUCGGGUAGAUAUGAGAGUAGUAAAGUUGUCACAAACCUAUUAAUUUAUCUACACAAAGCACUUUUCUCAGUGUAAACAUUGUUGCAU